CUUUGAGAGUGUUGUGUGCCUGGAAUGUAUCCGUGCUUCCGCCUCGUGAAAGCAGAGUGAGCCGGUUGCUUUGGCAGCAGAAACAACAGCAACGUCCCUGCUGCUUUCUGUCCAGGUCCCCUCCUGGCCUGCUGCCCACCACACACACUCUUUACCUCACCUCAACCAGAGCUCUGUGUUAUCACUACCACUCCACACACACACUUUUACCUCACCAUGCUGGGACAGGAGUUCCUGCGGAAGCUGAAGAUACCAGAUCUGGAUGAUGUCAGCCAGUACAUCCAGAGCGUCUCCGCCCCCGUGCUGGUCAGCGUGGGGGCGGUGGCUGCCGCGACAACAUACUACCUGGCAACCCGGCCCAAAGCCCUCCCGCCAGUGUGCGACCUCCGCAUGCAGUCCGUGGAGGUUCAGGGCGGAGAGUUGGCACGCCGAUCAGUGCUGCUGAAAGGAGACGCUAACAUCACACACUUCUACGACGACGCCACAACAAUGUACGAGUGCUUCCUCAGAGGCGUCAGAGUCUCCAAUAACGGCCCAUUCCUGGGCUCCAGGAAACCCAAACAGCCGUAUGAGUGGAUCUCCUACAGAGAGGUAAUGGAGCGAUCAGAGAAUUUGGGAUCCGCGUUUCUUCACAAAGGACACUCCAAGACGACAGACCCCCACAUUGGCAUCUUCUCUCAGAACAGACCCGAGUGGACCAUCAGUGAGCUGGCGUGUUACACCUAUUCUCUGGUGUCGGUCCCUCUGUACGACACACUGGGCACAGAAGCCAUCCUCUACAUCAUAGACAAAGCUUCCAUCUCGACCGUAGUGUGUGACGUGGCAGAGAAAGUGGAGCUGGUGCUGGACUGUGUGAAGGACAGGACCCACUCAGUGAAGACCAUCGUCCUGAUGGGGGCCCCCAGCGCUGAUCUGGUCAGCAGGGGCCAGCAGGCGGGGGUCCACAUCAUCAGCCUGCAGGAGAUGGAGGUUACUGGAAAGGCUAACCAUCGCCAACCAAUGCCUCCACGACCUGAGGACAUGGCUCUCAUCUGCUUCACCAGUGGAACAACAGGAAACCCAAAGGGAGCAAUGUUGACUCACAGGAAUGUCGUGUCCAACUGCUCGGCCUUCAUCAAAACGACAGAGGUGUGUGCUCCGUUUUCUCGCAGUGAUGUCCAUAUUUCCUUCCUGCCCCUGGCUCAUAUGUUCGAGAGAGUAGUCCAGGGAGUGAUGAUAGUGCACGGAGCCAGGAUCGGCUUUUUCCAGGGAGAUAUCCGUCUGCUGUCAGAUGACCUGAACACACUGAAGCCCACUGUGUUCCCUGUGGUGCCCCGACUCCUCAACAGAAUGUAUGAUAAGAUCUUCGGGCAGGCUAACACCUCCCUGAAGCGCUGGCUGCUGGGGUUCGCCUACAGGAGGAAGGAGUCUGAGAUCAAGAGAGGCAUCGUGAGGAGAGACAGCAUCUGGGAUCGACUCAUCUUUGGGAAGGUUCAGGCCAGCCUCGGAGGCCGUGUGCGUCUCAUGCUGACAGGAGCUGCUCCCAUCUCCCCCACGGUCCUCACCUUCCUCAGAGCUGCUAUAGGCUGCCAGCUCUAUGAAGGCUAUGGACAGACAGAGUGUACUGCUGGAUGCACCUUGACCAUGCCCGGGGAGUACAAUGCAGGUCACGUUGGAGCUCCUCUGCCCUGUAACUCCCUCAAACUGGUGGAUGUGUCUGAGAUGAACUACUUGGCUGUAAACGGGGAGGGAGAGGUGUGUGUGAAGGGCCCUAACGUGUUCCAGGGCUACCUGAAGGACCCAGAGAAGACGGCAGAGGCUAUCGAUGCAGAUGGAUGGCUGCACACCGGAGACGUUGGAAAAUGGCUUCCUAAUGGCACGCUGAAGAUCGUGGACAGGAAGAAGCACAUCUUUAAGCUGGCCCAGGGGGAGUACAUCGCUCCUGAGAAGAUAGAGAAUGUGUACAUGAGGAGCGAUGCAGUGGCACAGGUGUUCGUGCACGGAGACAGUCUGCAGGCGUGUCUGGUAGCUGUGGUGGUUCCUGACCCUGACUUCCUGUCUGGCUGGACCAAGAGAACUCUGGGGCUGGAGGGCAGCUUCCAGGAGCUCUGUGGCAGAGCGGAAGUAAAGGCAGCCAUCUUUGAGGACAUGGUGAGACUUGGGAAGGAAGGAGGCCUCAAGUCCUUUGAGCAGGUGAAGUCCAUCUACGUCCAUACUGAGCUGUUCUCCAUCGAGAACGGCCUGCUCACUCCCACACUGAAGGCGAAGAGGAACGAGCAGCGACAGUACUUCAGAUCCCAGAUAGACGAGCUGUACUCCGGGAUCAAAAUGUAAAACAAAGACAAAGUGGACACAAGCUCUACCAAAGUGGUUUUUAAGAUGAAGGGAAGUUAAAACACAAAGGGAAGCAAAUGAAGAGAUCCUCUCAGACCAAAAACAACAUGUUUAGUUACCCUGGGAACAACAGCAACAGGAAGUGAUGUAGCUUUAAAAUGGAACUUGAUUCAGAGCAUUUAGAACAAAAUCUAUGAGGAUCUAUAGCACAGAAUACAAGAGUAGAUUUAAAAGAUUAUGAUUGUUUGUCUAUUGAUGAAAUCGUUUUGCCUAAGCCAUGUGCAGUACGAUUUCUGUGAUAAAGUGUUGAUUCUAAUCAGCUGUUUUGUGAUAUCAUCUCAUUCGGGGUGUUUUUUAAAAGGGAAAGUGCAGCUUUGUAGCGUCAGACAACUCAGGAUUUCACACACAGUACCUCCAAAACACAGAUGAAUGCCAAAACAGGUUCACUGAAGGUUUUGCAGCUUCACAAACCAUACAUCUCAGGUCUUUGAUAUGAUUUUUUGUCAGAUGUCAAGAUUUUAUUUUAAUAUGUUUCUUGAGUUUGUUUUGAAGUUGAAUUCCACAAUGUGUAACGAGAUUGUUUUCAGUGAAUAAGCUCGGAUCCAAUAAGGACCCCGGGAACAUUCAGCGUGAGCCAUAUUAAAAUAAUCUGAACAAAACUAGCUGGAAUCCGGGUACUACAGAACAGUAACGGACACUGUCAAUGUUUUGAUUUAUUUAUAAAGGGAUGAUGAUUUGUUGAAUAAAUUGGUUUUCUUAAAUUAUUAUAAUUUAAUGCUGUAGGGGGAGAAUAAACAUCUCCAAAUAAAAUUGUUAACAACUUGAUUAAAGUCCUUUGAAAUGUUUAUAGUGAAAUAUGUAUGUUUUAAUCGUUUUAAUCUGUCUUCAAAUUUGUUUUGUAAAAAAUGUAAUUAAAAUGUAUCGGA